AUGACACAGCUCACAAAGAGCAUUCGCACACCAUCACGAGCUUUUUCAUCGACACGGCCUGCGGCACGCAUAUUCGGCACCGGCAAUUUGAGGGCGAAGGAGGCAUCCGGCUUCAUUUCUCAGAAGUACCCCGUCAUCGACCACGAGUAUGACGCUAUCGUUGUCGGCGCCGGAGGAGCGGGUCUGCGAGCGGCCUUUGGUCUCGCUGAAGCUGGCUUCAACACGGCGUGUAUCUCGAAGCUCUUCCCCACCCGGUCGCAUACCGUGGCCGCACAGGGAGGCAUCAAUGCCGCGCUCGGAAAGUACGCUGACCAAGUUUUCAGCAUGCACGAGGACGACUGGCGGUGGCAUAUGUACGACACCGUCAAGGGCUCAGAUUGGCUAGGUGACCAGGACGCUAUCCACUACAUGACCCGAGAGGCGCCCCAGUCUGUCAUUGAGCUCGAGAACUACGGCUGCCCGUUUUCGAGAACAGACGACGGCAAGAUCUACCAGCGUGCAUUCGGCGGACAGUCCCAAAAGUAUGGAAAAGGUGGUCAGGCAUACCGGUGCUGCGCUGCUGCUGACCGAACUGGCCACGCUCUCCUCCACACACUGUACGGCCAGUCUCUACGACACAACACCAAGUACUUUAUCGAGUUCUUCGCUACCGAUCUGAUCAUGGAAGAUGGUGUUUGCAAGGGUGUUAUCGCAUACAACCAGGAAGACGGCACAAUCCACAGGUUCAUCGCAAAGAACACGGUUCUAGCUACUGGAGGCUACGGACGUGCUUACUUCUCCUGCACAUCUGCCCACACCUGUACUGGUGACGGCAUGGCCAUGGUUGCUCGUGCCGGACUCCCCAACCAGGAUCUCGAAUUCGUCCAGUUCCAUCCUACCGGUAUCUACGGCGCUGGUUGCUUGAUUACUGAAGGCUCCCGCGGAGAGGGUGGUUAUCUUCUCAAUUCUGAGGGCGAGCGGUUCAUGGAGCGAUAUGCACCAACUGCCAAGGAUCUUGCCUCCCGCGAUGUCGUCUCCCGAUCUAUGACCCUUGAGAUCCGCGAGGGCCGUGGUGUUGGACCUGAGAAGGACCACAUUUACCUCCAGUUGAGCCACUUGCCACCUGAGGUUCUCCACGAGCGUCUGCCUGGUAUCUCUGAGACUGCUGCGAUUUUCGCCGGUGUUGAUGUCACCAAGCAGCCUAUUCCCGUUCUGCCCACUGUCCAUUACAACAUGGGCGGUAUUCCAACCAAGUACACUGGUGAGGUCAUCACCCAGGAUGCUAAGGGCAAUGACCAGGUUGUCCCAGGUCUUUUCGCCUGCGGUGAGGCCGCAUCUGUCUCCGUCCACGGUGCCAACCGUCUUGGUGCCAACUCUCUCCUCGAUCUUAUCGUCUUUGGUCGUGCUGUUUCCCACACCAUUCGUGACAACUUCAGCCCAGGCCAGAAGGCUGAUGCCGUUGCUGCGGACGCCGGAGCCGACUCAAUCGCCGUUCUCGACAAGAUCCGCACAUCUGAGGGCUCCAAGUCCACCGCCGAAGUCCGCCUCGCGAUGCAAAAGGUCAUGCAGACUGAUGUCGCUGUCUUCCGUACUCAGGAAUCGCUCGACGAGGGUGUCAAGAAGAUCAACGAGGUCGACUCUCAGUUCGCCGAUGUUGGCAUCAAGGACCGCAGCAUGAUCUGGAACUCUGACCUUGUUGAGACUCUUGAGCUCCGUAACUUGCUUACUUGCGCUGUGCAGACGGCCGAAUCAGCCGCCAACCGCCAGGAGUCAAGAGGAGCACACGCUCGUGAGGACUUCCCCGACCGUGACGAUGAGAAGUGGAUGAAGCACACUUUGUCGUGGCAGAAGCAGCCACAUGGCAAGACUGAGUUGGGAUACAGGAAGGUCGUGGGUACUACCCUGGAUGAGAACGAGUGCAAGGCUGUACCGCCGUUCAAGCGUACAUACUAGAGAAGGAACGUUGCAGAAGAACAAGGAGAAUAAGCAAUUAGAAAGGAUAUUAGUCCUGCAUUGUAUGUAUAUUGCAUAGUUGAUUGAUUGAAGUGAAGCAAUACUUUUUUUUUGGAAACAA